AUGGGAUUGGCUGGUGUCAAGGUGAAGCAGCGGUUUGGACUGGAUCCAAGAAACACAAACUGGUCCAAUGACACUGAUAGGUUUGGCCAUCAGUACCUCGAAAAAAUGGGCUGGAAACCUGGCAAAGGUCUUGGUCUAGUAGAGCAUGCCAUGACAUCUCACGUGAAAGUGUCAAUAAAAACAGAUAAUACCGGUCUAGGUUCAAAACUUGCAAAGAAGAAGAAAAACGAUGAGUUUGAUAGCGGUGAGUGUGCGGGGCUUGAUGUGUUUCAGCGGAUCUUGGGUCGUUUAAAUGGAAAAGAAGAGCAGAUCAACAAUGAGCUUAAAAGGCAAAGAAGGGAAAAUAUCAUCAACGGAAAAUGGGGAAUCCAUUUUGUCAAGGGUGACACCUUGAAGUCGACGUGGGACGCCGACUGUAAGAAACUUAUAAGUGGUCAAUCACGGAAGAGAAGUCGGAGUGAUCCAGACAGUGAUUCUAGCGAUAGCAAGAGGUCGAGAAGAAAAGAGUCUAAGAAAGAGAAGAAGAAAGUGAAUACUGACAAGAAGAGUAAGAAAGAAAAGACCAAAAAGGAAGAUAAGCCAGAAAAGAGGGAAAAGUCGGAGAAGAAGCUGAAGACGAAAGAGAGUUCUAAGAUGGUUAAGUCCGACAAAAAGGAGAAGAAAAGCAAGCUGAGAAGCGAAGAGGACGACUCCAAAAGGCUGAAGAAGGACCGCAAAUCUAAGGAGAAAAAGCUCAAGAAAGGCAAGUCGGAGGAUAUCGAAGAAGUUACGCGAGAAAGCAUGCUCAAGCCAAGAGAAGAGGUCAAACAGGAAAUUGCCACGAGACUUUCCGCCCGUGCAAAGUGGAUAAAGCAAAAGAGAGCUUCAGUGAUGGACGCAAAAGCACUCAACGAGAUCUUCAUGGUUGCUAAUUAG